AUAUAAAGCUCGAAUAAUUUGUUACACAUGAUGCACGUGCAUAAAAAAAUUAAUUAACUGCAAGGAAACAGUAAUGUGAUAACGUCUCUUUUUUUUAAAUUUGUAAUUGGUGUUGAAUUUAUAAAAAAUUAAAAAUAAAACAGCAUUUGUAUGCGAUGAACCAUCUAGACUUACUUCUUGCUUUCCAACCUUCGAAGAUUAUCUUGUGUUUAUUUUCGAUUCAGAUAAAUCCGAAGUCUGAACAAAGUCCGUUAUUAUUUUAUCAUUUACAGUAGUCAUUUACAGUAAUUUCUAAUUGCUUCAUUUGAUUUGCCAGGAUCUAGAGAACUUGAUCAUCGAUAAUUCUUAUAAUUUUUUAUUAUUAAUUAUUAUAAUUUCUUCACCCUUCAUCAAUCACUCUGAUAAUUUUUUAGCAUUUAAGAUAGUGCAAAGUCAUCAUAUGUAUUGAUGAAUAUGUAUGAUCGUGGUCAAGUAGUCAGUAAAUGAUAUGCUAAUAACUGAUCAUAAAUGCAAUGCGAUAAUGUAACAGUUAAACAUUGAUAGUGAGUGAGACACAAAUGUGAUCUAUUUUUUUUAUUAAAACGAAAGUGCCUUGGAGUAAAGACUUUUCAAAUAGAGGUUUAAGUGGCUCUGUAACUGAAUUGUUUCAUUGAUUUUCAAUUCAACCGAAGCGUGAUGGCUCUAAAGGGAAUAAAGGUCUUGGAGUUAGCUGGUCUUGCUCCGGGACCCUUCUGUGGAAUGAUUUUAGCAGACUUUGGGGCAACUGUUAUUAGAGUAGACAAGAUCGGUGCUCCAGCAUUCGACUGCUUGGGCUGUGGAAAGAGAUCGAUAGCUUUAAAUUUGAAAUCCAAAAAGGGUGUCGACAUUUUCAAAAAGUUAAGCAACCAGAGCGAUGUUGUUAUUGAUACCUACAGAAAAGGUGUUAUGGAAAAGUUAAAGAUUGGGCCCAAGGACCUUAUGGCAACGAAUAAAAAGUUGAUAUACGCCAGAUUGACUGGAUACGGUCAAGAGGGUUCCUACGCGGAUAUGGCUGGCCAUGAUAUCAAUUAUUUGGGCCUGUCUGGAGUACUGUCUUUACUUGGACGGUACAACGAGAAGCCUACACCGCCCGUCAACCUUGCCGCUGAUUUCGGUGGCGGUGGUUUGACGUGCGCGUUUGGAAUCGUCCUCGCGCUGUACGAGCGAAGUAAGAGCAACGUCGGACAGGUGAUAGACACGUCGAUGGUGGAAGGAUCCGCGUACCUGGGUUCCUGGCUGUUCCGAUCGCAAAAGCUGUUGAAUUUAUGGGGAAAUCCUCGCGGUAAAAAUAUCCUGGACACGGGUUCUCACUUUUACGACACGUACGAGACGAAGGACAAGCAGUACAUGUGCGUCGGUGCGCUCGAGCCACAAUUUUACGAAGUUUUCCUGGAGAAGCUGGGUCUCUCGAGCGACGAGCUGCCGCAGUACGAGAACUUCGAGGAGAGUAGCCAGAGGGUCGCGGAGAUCUUCAGGACGAAAACUCAGGCGGAAUGGUGCGCUAUAUUCGACGGCACCGACGCGUGCGUGACGCCGCUGCUGAGUCUGAGAGACGCCGCGUCGCACAGCCACAACCGGCAGAGGCGAACGUUCACCACGUUGGAGAACGAGGUCUUCCCGAAUCCUGCCCCGCGCCUGUCUCGCACACCCGGCAUCCCCGUGGGCGCCGGCAGGAAUGUACAGCCCGGCGAGAAUACCGUGGAGAUCCUACGUGAAUUGGAAUUUCGGCCCGACGAGAUCAACGAUAUAUUGUCGAACGGGUUCGCUCAACAGGCGGAAACGGCUUCCAAGCUUUAGCGAGCGAAAAUGAUGUAAUUAUGAAUUUCUUUCCGCGCGCGGGAUAUAAUUUUUAUAAUAAAUGAACGGUGGAGAUAUCGGGGAGAUGCACACUCGCGGGCGACUGUAUAUAUACAUAUACAUAUAUUUUUACAUAUACAAAUAUGAAUAUAUGCUUGUAAAGUGUAUGUACGCUACGUAUGUAGUUACAUAAUUACAUAAUAAAAUUAUUACAAUACAUAA